CUCAGAACUCCUGGAUGAGUUUUCCCAGAACGUGUUGGGUCAGCUCCUGAAUGACCCUUUCCUCUCAGAGAAGAGCGUGUCGAUGGAGGUGGAGCCAUCCCCGACGUCCCCGGCGCCUCUCAUCCAGGCCGAGCACAGCUACUCCCUGUGUGAGGAGCCUCGGGCCCAGUCACCAUUCACCCACGUUACCACCGGUGACAGCGUCAAUGACGAUGAAGUGGAAAGUGAGAAAUGGUACCUGUCUACAGACUUUCCAUCAACAACCAUCAAGACAGAGCCAAUUACAGAGGAGCCGCCCCCAGGACUUGUUCCCUCUGUCACUCUGACCAUCACUGCCAUCUCCACCCCUUUUGAGAAGGAGGAACCCCCCCUGGAAAUGAAUACUGGGGUUGAUUCCUUGUGCCAGACCGUUAUUCCUAAAAUUAAGCUGGAGCCUCAUGAAGUGGAUCAGUUCCUCAACUUCUCUCCUAAAGAAGCCUCCGUGGAACACUUGCACUUACCUCCCACCCCUCCCAGCAGCCACAGCAGUGACUCGGAGGGCAGCCUGAGCCCCAACCCGCGCCUGCACCCCUUCAGCCUGCCUCAGACCCACAGCCCCGCCAGAGCCGUGGCGCGGGCCCCCUCGGCCCUGUCCAGCUCUCCUCUCCUCACGGCGCCUCACAAACUGCAAGGAUCAGGCCCACUGGUCCUGACAGAAGAGGAGAAAAGGACCCUGAUCGCCGAGGGCUAUCCCAUCCCCACCAAAUUGCCUCUAACAAAAUCAGAGGAGAAGGCUCUAAAGAAAAUUCGGAGGAAAAUCAAGAACAAGAUUUCUGCCCAAGAAAGUAGGAGAAAGAAGAAAGAAUACAUGGACAGCUUGGAGAAAAAGGUGGAGUCUUGUUCAACUGAGAACUUGGAGCUUCGGAAGAAGGUAGAGGUUCUGGAGAACACCAACAGGUGAGUGUCGCUGGAGUAAGGAGCUGUUCAAACUGCCUAAUGGAAGGUGGGGGAAAAGGGGGUGCAGAUCCAGGACCAGAGCGGGAGGAAAGUGGAGGAGAUCACACUGAAAGCAUAGUUGUGGGAAGGUGCUCGGGACGGCCAUACUCCACCCACCUGUUCCUGCCACACACGUGCACUUGCACAUGCACGCACUCACACGCACACGCACAUGCAUGUUCUUUACUUUUCCUAAAAUACAUGGCAGGAAGCUUGGAGGAGAGUAAGGAUGGUAAGUCUGAUUCUCCUGAAAAUGACAUUCAACUUUAGAGGUGGACAGGGAGGGACUGGCCUCUUCAUCGUCACCCAAUUUUAGUAACAAAUGGUGUUUAUUCAUGAAAAGAAAAGAGACUAGG